UGGAAAGUCAGAGCUUUGACAGAUUGCAACGAAUGGAAAAACAAAACAACACUGUUUACAACUAUUUUUGCUCCCCAAAAAAUAUUCACAAGCUUCUUUCGGUGCCACCUGCCGCGUAACUGUUUACCGUAAUUGGGUGUGAAUAUACUUCUCCAAUUUUUGUGCAAACUUACCAUUUCGCCAAACUAUUAUGCAAACAAGUUUGACUCGAUAAAACAAAACAGAAUGUCCAGCGAAAAUCCGGCGCCGGCCGAUUAUUCGGCACUAAUUGACGAAGGUGGAAAGAACAAAACAAACGUAAAGUGUGUUCACUGUGGAUCCUUGAUCCUUAGAGCGGCCAACAGUGAUUUCGAUAAUACAGAGUUCCAACUCCCAAUGGCAAAGCAAAAGCGUCAACCAGUGGAUAAGGAAGAAGCGUUUACCAGCGAAACAUUGAAAGACUUUUGGAUGGUGAAGAAUAUGUACACGUUCGAAAACAUUGGCUUCAGCAACACGGUCGACAACCGUAAAUAUCUCACCUGUGCGGAUUGUGAACAUGGCCCGAUAGGAUAUCACGAUUUGGAGACGCAGAAAUCCUACAUUGCUCUUGCCCGUGUACAGCAUGUGUGAGGCGCGACAAUGUCGAUAGACCCACACGUACUGCAUUUGGUUGUGGGCAUUCUUUCCUCAAAUAAAAUCUUGAACGAUUAAUAUUUUGUAACAAUGUAA